AUGGAUGAUACUAGUAAUUCUUCUAGUAAACUGGGCAGCACGUCAGUUGUGAGUGUUGUGCCUGUGGUGAUCCCAUCUUCCACCAAUCAUGAUGAGAAGCCUGAGAAGUUCAAUGGGACAGAUUUCAAGAGGUGGCAACAAAAAAUGUUAUUUUACCUCACCACUCUGAACUUGGCAAAGUUUCUGACUAAAGAUGCGCCGAUGUCUGGAACUAUCGCAAAAGAAGUAGCUGCAGUAGAUGCAUGGAACCAUUCUGAUUUUCUUUGCAAGAAUUAUAUCCUCAAUGCAUUAGAUAAUGCACUAUACAAUGUGUAUAGUCCAAUUGAAAAUGCAAAAGCCUUAUGGAACUCUUUUGACAAAAAAUAUAAGACUGAAGAUGCUGGCAUGAAGAAAUUCGUGGUCGGUCGAUUUCUUGACUACAAGAUGACAGACUCCAAGAAGGUUAUUAAUCAAGUCCAAGAGCUACAACUUAUUCUUCAUGAAAUACAUGCUGAAGGGAUGUCGCUAAGUGAGACCUUUCAAGUGGCUGCAGUAAUUGAAAAAUUACCUCCUGCUUGGAAAGAUUUCAAAAAUUAUCUCAAGUAUAAGUGCAAAGAGAUGGGACUUGAGGAUUUAAUUGUAAGAUUAAGGAUUGAGGAGGAUAAUCGUUACUCUAAAAAGAAGUCUAACAGUCAAUUUAUGCAAGCCAAGGCACAUAUUGUGGAGGGUGGGUCAAAGAAUAACAAAAAGAGGAAGCACUCUGGUGAAAGUUCAAGCCAAGGGAAUUUUAAAAAGUUCAAAGGCAAGCGUUUUGUUUGCAACAAGAUAGGACAUCGUGCUAGCAAAUGUCGAAACCGCAAAGGCCAAGAUAAUUCCAAAAAGAAGAGUAAUGAAGUACACAUUACCGAGGAAGAGAGGCUGUCCAAAAAGAUCUCUAACAUAAAUCUUGCGGCUGUGGUAUCUGAAGUCCACAUGGUGGGAAACACUAAGGAAUGGUGGGUUGACACUGGGGCUACUCGCCACAUAUGCUUUGAUAGAAAAAUGUUUACCACCUAG